AUUUGUCGGCAUUAAUGCAUCUGACAUAAACUACUCAGCUGGUCGAUAUGACACAUCAGUUAAACCCCCGUUUGAUAUAGGUUUUGAAGGUGUCGGUGAUGUGGUAGCAUUAGGACUCAGUGCUAGUGCUGAUUAUUCAGUGGGUCAAGCCGUGGCCUACGUGAAAGCAGGUUCCUUUGCUGAAUACACGGUUGUGCCUGCCAAGCAAGCAGUUCCUCUACCCUCUGCGAAACCCGAGUUUCUUACUUUAAUGGUAAGUGGUGCUACUGCGUACAUCAGUUUGAAAGAGCUGGGAGAGCUGUCUGAAGGCAAGAAGGUUCUGGUGACAGCAGCGGCUGGAGGAACGGGCCAGUUCGCUGUGCAGCUUGCAAAGAAGGCAAAAUGCCAUGUAAUUGGAACCUGCUCCAGUGAUGAAAAGAGUGGUUUUCUGAAGUCCAUUGGCUGUGACCGUACGAUCAACUAUAAAACUGAAAAUGUUGAAUCUGUGCUUAGGAAGGACUACCCCGACGGUGUGGAUGUAGUGUACGAGUCUGUCGGGGGAAAGAUGUUUGACUUGGCGCUUAACUCCUUGGCUACCAAAGGGUGCCUGAUAGUUAUUGGGUUUAUCACUGGCUACCAAAACCCUACUGGCCUCCAGCCCGUUAAAGCGGAGUUAUUGCCAGCAAAACUGUUGAAGAAGUCUGCCAGCAUCCAGGGUUUCUUCUUGAACCAUUACCUUUCUGAAUACAAAAUGGCUCUGAAGCACUUGCUCAAGAUGUAUGAAAGAGGAGACCUGGUUUGUGAGGUGGACUUCGGAGACAUGUCUCCAGAGGGCAAGUUCACUGGCCUGGAGUCUGUAUUCCGUGCUGUAGAUUACAUGUACAUGGGAAAAAACAUUGGAAAAAUUGUAGUUGAAUUACCUCACUCUGUCAACAGUAAGCUGUAAAAACAGAGCAAUGAUAUAAAUCAGAACAGAGAAAAUGGGCACUUUAUGCCUCAGAAUUACUAGAAACAAUUUCUAUUUUUAAGCUUAGUAAUUGAUAUUAUAUUAAAAACCAGCAUUAAGGUGUUAAUAAAAAGGUUUGUGGUUUUUUUUUCUUUUCUUUAAAGUGCAUAAGCCGGUGGCUGUAGCACGGACUUAGUGGGCCUGUGUUUGAUUCUGUCGCUUAGGCUAGCAUGAGACAAGAACAUGGUUCUUGACAGAAUAAGUCUUGAUGCAGAGGCAGAUUUAGUCUGUCAGACUGGUUUGAUAAUACUUUAUAUAUAGUUCAGCUCUGAAAAAAAAAAAAAAUCGUUCAGCAAUUUUGAUUCCCUGAUUUAAAAAUAAAAUUGUUAGAACAAGACUAAGUAGAGAGUCAUAUCUUGUGGUUGCUCUAUUAUUCUCUUGAAGUUUCUGGAAAAAAUUAUACUCUUCAUUUUUUUGUCACAAACACAAUAAUCAUAAUUCAGUUGCAUCAU